AUCAAAAAUUCAUUAAUUAUUUUAUCAUUGUUUAUAUUGUCAUUGAUGGUGAUGAUAUCGAUUGAUCAUCAUCAACAACAACAACAACAACAAUUUUGUAGCGAUGAAUUUCAUAAAGAAUGUCAUUGUGGUUCACCAGCAAUGCCACCAUCAACAUCAUUAUUCACACGAAUUGUAUAUCCAAAUUCAACAAUCAAAGUUGAAUUAUAUAAUGAAUCUAUUCCAUAUGGUUAUGCAAAAUAUCUUCGUGUUUAUUAUAAAUGUACAGAUGAUCGUGAUGUUCUUGUUGGUAAUAAUAUGCGUGAAUGUUCAAAAGGAAAUUGGAUUGGUUUUGUACCUCGUUGCGCAAUUAAUAAUUUAAAUCAAACAAAAUUAAGUCAUGUAAAAGUCAGUGAUUUUAAAGUCAUUGAUGCGAUGAAUCAAAAAGAAAAUUUAUUUGGUAGUUUUCCCGAAGAUAAACCAAUUAAUGUACUCAUUUAUUAUGAUGAAUCAUUACAAUUAAAUCCAAAUGGAAGUUUUCAAGUACCAUUAAUCAAUCAACCUCAUGAUUGUUUACGUUGGAGUUUAUCACCAAAACAAGUUUGGUCAUUAAAUUUAGAUAGAAAAACACUUGUUCAUUAUGUACGUUUAAAAUUAUAUGGUGAUCAUAUUGAAGAUCUUUAUUUAAAUCAUGAAAUCGGUAUUGAUCUUUCACUUACAAAUAUUUCAAUUCAAAUAUCAAAAAAUCAUUCCAGACAUAUAGAUUCAUUACCAUUAGAGAUAAAAUGUAUUGAAACCAUACCGAAAGAAAGUCAAUUUUCAGCUUAUCAUCAAAAAUAUUCGGCCAAUUAUUUGGUAUUAGAUUUUCUAUGUGAAAUUGAAGAAAAAGAAAAAUCUUUAUACGAAUUUCUUUUUGCUGAAGAUUAUGAUAUUGAUGAACUAGUAAUCGGAGUUAUCAAAAUAGGAUUUGAAAUGUUUAACAUUUUGCAUAUUGAUAAUGGCCAAAAUAUCGACCUUGAAUUUAAGCAAAAAAUUUUCGUCAUAUCUCUUUGUGAAUUACAUCUAUAUUCAUUUGAACCGGAUUGUGGAGCACCUGAUUUACCUGUAACAGCGAUUGUUCAACGUGAUUUUAAUUUUAUCGAAGAUAAUGGUCAUGUUAGAAAAUCAUAUAGAUAUACAUGUCCAUAUAAUCAGGAAAUAAAAGGAAAUCCAGAUAUUGAAUGUGGAUAUUAUGGUGAAUGGAAAACUGAAUUCCCUAUCUGUGAACAUAAUAAUCCCUGUAGUUUAUUGAAAAAUCUUACAUUCAUGCCAGGUUAUCUUGUAGAUGUAAAAUAUGAGACUACUAUGAUGAAUAAAAAAUAUAAGGAUGCAAUAGUCCCAAAUGGAAAAUUCGCUGAAAUCAUAUGCAUUCGAUUAAAUGAUCGAUCUGACGUUAUUGAUCAACAACAAAUAACCGAUAAAAAUGCAUCAUUCAGCAUCAAUAUGGUUCAGAAUAAUAAUGAAUCAACAAUGAAUCAAAAAACCAUUUCACAGCUAAGACGUGAUGUAUCUCGUAUCAAAUGUCUAAAUGGAAAAUGGAAUGGAAUGGAAUCAGUUGAUUGUAUUAUGCAUAAAUUAAUUUUGGAAGAAAAUCCAAUUUCAAAUAACGUAUCCGAUACAGAAUUGAAUAAAAUUCAAGUCGUUUCUUUACCAGUUCGUUUGAUACAGAUUUUAUUUGUUUUGUUCAUAUUUUUAUUAUUAAUCAUUAUAUGUCUAUUAAUAUACAUGAUCAUAUUUCGUAAACGAAUGACUAAACAAGUAAAAAAACAAAAUUCCAAAGAACUUAAUCAAGGCGGCAUUGCAACACAACAACAACAACAAGAAGGCAUGUUUCAAAGUUCCGGAAUUUUAGGCAUGCCAACUUUACAUUUCGAUCCUACAACAACAUAUCGACCUAAUUUUUAUAGCUCUAAUGAAGAUUUUUACGAAAGAAUAACCUUAGAAGAAAGAGAUUCACAUCUUUAUCAUACAAUACCGAAUCCAAAUCAAAAUAACAUACAAAGUCAUUAUAGCGAUUUAAGCCUUUAUCCAAGUUCAUCAAUUAAGUUGUCAACCCAUUUUCAUCAACCAUCACUAAAUUUAGAUGCCGGAGAAGAAAGAUAUAAUUCGAUUUAUGGCCUAGAAGAAGAUUGUAUCAAUACCGAUCAACCAAAUCGACAAGAUUCUUCCAAACAGCAACAACAACAACAAAUUAACGGUGUUAAAGAUUUUUUAGAAACAACAUCAACCAUCAUAAACAAUGAUAGAGAUUCAUUGAAAUAUAAUUCAUUAUCACGAUCAUCUACAAGUUAUUUACGAAGAAAUUCAAUUUAUGAAGAAACUUGAACGGAAUUUGAAUUCAAUUUGAAUUUUUUUUUUGUGUUGAAAAUAAACA